CCGGUCAAUACGGCAGAAUAACACACGUAGAGAUUCAAGCCGUUUAAAUGAUGGCUUUUGGUGGUAAUAAAACACCAAUUUAACAUAUGGUCGUUUUAAAUUGUACUCGAGAGAGAAAUAUUACCGGGUGCUAUUAACCGGUAACGUCAGAGUUGUGUUUUUUUUUGUUUUUGUUUCUCCGCCCACUCCGGAAAACUCAACCGAGCCGUCGUUAUUUUUAUUUUUUAAGGUGACGUGGAGUCGCACCCCUUCUUCUUACACGGUCUCAUGUGUCAAUAAAAAAAGUACUUGGUGUACCCGGAGGAGAGCCCAAUGAAUGUAUAAUACGUUGGGGCAUUGCAUCACCAAGAUGUGUCGCUGCAAAUCAGCAGAUUGAGCUCCAGUAUCGACGCAGAGAGGAGACCGCCGGGGCCUGGAGUCCGAGGAAUCCGGCGGACAGACAGGUUUUGUUGCUUCUGCACCGCUGGAACUGAAGUGACAUUACAGAGAUUCAGGGGUUAUGCAGCGUGGAAUAGGACACCUGCCAGGUGGCUGCCAGAGGACGAUGGGCCUGCACUGCGUCUUGAUCCUGUGUUUUUUCUCAGGCUGGGCAGUGGGCUACAAGCAGGGGGACAACGUGACUCUAUAUGUCAACAAAGUGGGACCUUAUCAUAACCCCCAGGAGACAUAUCACUUCUACACCCUGCCUGUUUGCAGGCCGGAGAAGGUGCAUCACAAGUCUCUGAGUCUGGGUGAAGUGUUGGAUGGUGACAGAAUGGCAGAGUCUAUAUAUCACAUCCGGUUCAAAGAGAACGUGGAGAAGAAAACGCUCUGCCAGCUUACUCUUUCAGAGAAACAGGUGGACCAGCUUCGUGAGGCCAUCGAGGAGCUGUACUACUUUGAAUUUGUCCUGGAUGACAUUCCCAUCUGGGGGUUUGUGGGAUAUAUAGAGGAGAGCGGCUUCCUGCCUCACAGUCACAAGGUGGGUUUGUGGACUCAUCUAGACUUUAACAUCGAGUACAACGGCGACUCUGUGAUUUUUGCCAACGUCUCAGUGAAAGACGUCAAACCCGUUCCCCUGGAGGAGGGGGCGGGAGCAGCGGUGGGCGGAGUCGGCGUGGGCGGAGGCAGCGUGAAGGUCACCCACACCUACAGCGUGCACUGGUUUGAUUCUACUCUCCCUCACUCACGGAGAGGCGAGCGCCUCCGAGACUAUUCAUUCUUCCCCAAAACACUGGAGAUCCACUGGCUGUCCAUCAUCAAUUCGCUGGUGCUGGUGGUGCUACUGCUGGGCUUCGUCAUCAUCAUCCUCAUGCGGGUCCUUAAGAAUGACUUCGCCAGGUACAAUGUGGAGGAGGAAGGCGGCUGUGAUGAUCUGGACCAGGGAGACAAUGGUUGGAAGAUCAUACACACCGACGUCUUCAGGUUUCCGCCUUACAAAAGCCUGCUAUGUGCCGUGCUGGGAGUGGGGGCUCAGUUCCUUACCCUUGCUACAGCGAUCAUCGUCAUGGCAUUACUGGGAAUGUUCAACGUACACCGCCACGGCGCCAUCAACUCUGCAGCCAUCGUCCUGUACGCUCUGACCAGCUGUGUGUCGGGUUACGUCUCGUGCAGCUUCUACACACAAAUCAACGGCCAGCGCUGGGUGUGGAACAUCAUCCUCACUUCGUCUCUUUUCUCUGCUCCUCUGUUCCUGACGUGGAGCGUAGUAAACUCAAUCCACUGGUGGAGCGGCUCCACCCAGGCCCUGCCGGCCACCACCGUGCUCCUCCUGCUGGGCGCUUGGAUACUGGUGGGCUUCCCCCUCACUGUCAUCGGCGGAAUCGUGGGAAAGAACCGAGCCGGCAGCUUCCAGGCCCCCUGUCGCACCCGCAACAUCCCCCGACAGAUCCCAACACAGCCCUGGUACAAACACGCAGCUGUACACAUGGCCAUCGGCGGCUUCCUGCCAUUCAGUGCCAUCUCAGUGGAGCUGUACUACAUCUUUGCCACAGUUUGGGGCAGAGAGCACUACACUCUGUAUGGUAUCCUGCUGUGCGUCUUCGCCAUCCUCCUAUCCGUGGGCGCCUGCAUCUCUGUGGCGCUUACCUAUUUCCUGCUGUCCGGUGAGGAUUACCGGUGGUGGUGGAGGAGCGUGCUGAGCACCGGUUCCACCGGCCUCUUCAUCUUCGUCUACUCUGUUUUCUACUACCGGAACCGGUCCUCUAUGAGCGGCCUGGUGCAGAGCACCGAGUUCUUCGGCUACUCUCUGCUCACAGCGCUGGUUUUCUCGCUGAUGCUGGGCAGUGUGUCAUUCUGGUCUUCACUUGCAUUUAUUCGCUACAUCUACCGUAGCCUCAAGAUGGACUAGGCAUGAAAUGUGCACACAUACAUACAUAGAUGCAUACACAAACAGCUCUAAAUACAAAUUUUCUCGUAGCACACAUGGACAAUCGUCAUCCUCCUCCUUGCUCUUUCAGUCAUGCACACACACACACCUCCUAUGGGAUUGAUGGGAGGAGAAACAGGGGCCUUUACCUUGAGUUGACAGUAUCUAAUUUAAAUUUGAUAGCUGUCAUUGCUGGAAUAAGGGAUCAUUGGUUGAAUGGAUGGACAGAUGAAGAUUGUGGCGGGGGGGGUUUGUUAUAUUUAAGGAUAAAAUGGAAUUUUUACAAUACAAAGGGAUGUUUGUGUUGCAUCAGGAAUGAAUGGGUAAAAUGUUUGCUGCAAUACAGUGUGAGUGAAUGGGUUCUCAUUGUAUGAUGCAGACUUGCAAUGUGUGGCAUCAUGUACUCUGGUUCCUACUUGGUUUAUUAAGGAGUGGCAGGAUCUAGUCCUUAUUUCCUGCAUUACACUGGUUACCCACGCAGGCGACUGUUUCAUUUUCCACUUUUGAUUGAUUAUGCAGCAGUGCAAGUGUUUACUUGCAAUUAUACUCCCCCACAUAUAUAAAACUGUCCGCCUCUUCAAAUGUAAUAGACAAAGUUUUGCACUGGCCCUGUCAAGCUCCACAUAACCCUGCAGUGAAUAAGAGGAACGAUGCCUUGUAGAUUGAAGAGAUGUUGCAUUAUGUUGGUGAUGGGAGCAAUAUUGUCAUUGUAUUCUAUGGUCACCAUUGACUGUGAUUUUGGUUCUGAUGUAAAUAUAGUCUUUUCAAUAAAUGCUUUUUAAUACA